AUGGACGCUAUGCGUCUGAAGCUGGAGAAGACGGCGGCACGCGUGCGUGUUGAUGGCACCGCCGAGACCUCGAAGAGAUUGGAAGCUAAACCUGUGGCUACAGAGACGCUUGAAGCACAGCGACUCAGCUCCAUUCAAGGUACGAGACUGCGUGUUUCCCGGGUUGAAGGUCAGUAUACUAACACGAACUGCAAUCAAGCGCUCACGAGUGGUGGGAGCGGCACUCGACCCACCGCCCGGUUAUCGUUGCCAGCAAAGAUGCUGAAUCCCCAGUUCGCGGGUCGCGAUGCGCUUUUGCUUCGAAUUCAGAAAACCCUAAACCCCCCAACUAUACCCACCGAACCUGCACACCUGUGUUUGUGUGGUAUACCGGGUGUCGGUAAGACCCAGACAGCGCUAGCCUUCGCACAAAGCACCGUGUCAACCCAGAGUAGUAGUGCUGCCUCAUAUGCCCACCAGUUCCUCGUCAACGGCCAGUCGCUGGCCUCUGUACAGAACGAUCUCGUCCGACACGCAAAACUCGUCGACGACCCUGCCGCGGCUUCGCUUCGCAAGGAACCGGAGCUGAUCGGUUGGUUCAUUGCCUGGCUCAAGACUGCAGACCGGUGGCUACUCAUCUUGGAUGAUGUUCAUGAUACCAGUGCGGUUUAUGGUCUCCUGCCCUCCUCGGGGAACGGCCACAUCAUCUACACGACACGCAGUCCUCAGACGGCGAAACUCCUCUGUGGUGGCACUACCGCCAAUGUGAUAGAGAUGGCUCAAAUGCAAGCGGACGAGAGCAGGGAGAUGUUGUUGUCCGUCAUGAGAGACUCGACGUGCACAGUGUCGCCUGCCGAUACCAACACCGCCAUCGAAGAGAUCUCUGCAUUCUGCGGUGGCCUCCCCCUGGCUAUGGGACAGCUGGUGCGCAAUGCUGACUCCCACGGCCUGCACUGGAGACAAGCGCUGGCCAAUGCGAAGCAGAAGCGCAGCUUCCUGGAGCAGAAAAACAUCAACGGCUUCUACGCAGGCAACCUUUCCACGGGGGCGAUUCUAAUCUCAGCCCUCGAUCAGCUCAAGAGCAAAGACAGAUCUGAGAUGGCUGCAGCGCUCUUCCCGGUGCUAGCAUAUCUGGAACCGUCGUCCAUUUCUCAUAAGAUGCUAGUCGACGGUGGAACUCAAUUGAGUGCUUGGUUCACCCGAACAGUCACCUAUGACAGAGGCUGCAGCCGAACCGUGGAAGGCGACAGGGCAUUGGCUAAUGCCCGUCGAAACAGACUUACCGCACAGCAACUUACUGGCGCCCCUGACGCUCCUUGGUAUGAACGGCUGAGAAGCGUUCCUAGAGCCAGUGUCCGGCACCGCAACAAGCCUCUGCCGCGUGUAGAUCCCCCGGCUGAUAUCGAGCUCCAAAACCGGUGGCAGCAAGCAACCGCUAUCCGUGAUGUCUUUGAAAGCGAAGUCCACCUCAACAAAGCCCUCAACUUCCUCGACGACUCCGGUCUCGUCCGCAACAUUGGCAACAACACGUUCUGGAUCCAUGAUCUGUUCGCCGAACUCACGAGAGCGUAUCUCGAAUCUAUGAAUACGUCAGCUUCGACAGGCGCAACCAACGUAAAACCCCCUUCCACGAGCCACACGGCUCAAACCACACUCCACCUAUGUGCCACACUGGUCUACCUCGCUUUCCCCCCUAUUCUCCCACGUCACCCUGUGACGACAGAGUGUCUCAUGCUCCUACCGCACUUGGAGGUCGUUCUCUCGCACCUCUCCUCCUCUCCACUCUCAUCGUCCUCGACGUUGUCAUCAUCGGCGUCCUCUUCCUCGUCAACCACCAUCGAAAGCACCCUAGCUGACGCCACCGUAGGUGCCGAACUCAACUACAUCGCCGGCUGCGUGACCGAUCUCAAGGAGAUGCGGCUCGGCAUCAGCCGCGGCGCAUGGCCGGGCACACUGGACCAAAGGCGUGCAGCCGCCAGCCUGCCGUACUUCCGCGUCGCGCAUGCGGGCUACGCGGCUGCAGCGCAAAGGGUGAUCAGCAGGCUACUGCUAGAUUACAAGCCGAAGCGGGUGCGGAGGAUGGUGAGUGAGGCUGUAAGCUGGGAUUUCGAUCUCGAGAAUUUUGCUCAGACGAGGGGUCAGGGCAGAAUGUACUACAGUCCGGUACGGCAUGCGUGGGACUGCGAGCGAUUCGGCAGCGAUCCCGUGCGGCGGAGGGCAGACAGCUUGCUGAAGCUGGGGUUGGUGUGCCGGCUCGCCGGCCAUGGGGACGAGGCGGUGAGGUAUCUCCGGGCGGCGCAGCAGGACUAUACGCUGCUCUUGGGCCAGAGCCACGAACUCACCGAGGAGGCGAGGGUGAUGCUGCAGGUGACGUACGAAAAGGCUGGCCAAUGGGAGGAGGUGCUUGGCGUAGUGCAAGAGCGAUAUCGUGUAGUUGCUUUCACAGCCAGGUCUAACGCUGGCUCGGGCUGGAGAGGUCCUUUCUUCGGACGACAAUCCAUCCCGCAAUUCGGCCUGAUCGAUUGCCAUCGGCCACUGCUGGACGCAGCUGCUACUGCGCUGUCGCACCUGGGUCGGCAUGAGCAGGCCAUUUUGUUCCUGGAGACGCUCUACCAGCUCAACGAGCGGCAAUCAGGGAAGCACUCGAAGCACCUCAUUCCUGUUGCGAAGUCUUUGGCGGUGGUGCACGGCCGUGCCGCGCAAUGGGCGUCUUGUGUAUAUUGGUGGUGUGUAGUGUUUGGUCUCGUUUUCGGCGCGGUGGACGGUGAAGACGUGGUAUAUGAGGGAAGCGAUGGAGGCGAAAACGAGGACGACAGAGAACUUGAGACAAGGCUUGGAGAUGAGGCAAGAGAUGCAGAUGUGCACAGCCUACUGGAGGAGGAAGGAUGGUGGCUGAAGGAUGGAUACCUAGCCAUGCAGAGGGGUAUGCCGGAGGAGCUGACGAUGUGGGACUUUGCGCUCGGCAAGUGGAGGGAGGAGCUAUGUGCGGGAGGCGGGCACCCAGGUACCUCGGAGGAUGCUCUAGCUGCUUUGGUGAGCAAGAUAGAGAGGGACCUGGCGGUCUGGAAGAGGAGGUUGGAUCUCAAGCGUAGAAAGGACAGAGAAAGAGAAGAGAGGGAAAUCAGAGAAGUGAUGGAGGAGGCUGCAUCGAGGGCAGCACGGUCGUGGCCUGCGGACAGAAGUAGUGUAGACGUUGCGGACACCUGA